UGAAGCCGAGUUUCAACGAGUGAACCCGAGUGAUGCGGAUCAGCUGACCGUGAGCCUCUGUCGUCCUUCCAUGGCUAAUUUCUGCUCAGUUUUGUGAAUACAACACAUAUAAAUCCGCUUCUGGUUGAUCGAUUGGACCGUCAAAAAGCAGGCAUGCCGUCGCUUCUGUUCUGCGGGCCGAAGAUGGCUGCGUGCGGGAUCGUGAUCAGCAUCUGGGGGGUCAUCAUGCUGGGGAUGCUGGGAAUCUUCUUCAGCACCAAGUCGGCGAUCCUGAUCGAAGACAUUUAGCUGCUGCAUCAACUGACUGAGGAAUACAUACGUUACAGUAAGAAUCCCCCGGGGAACAUCUACGGCCUCUACACUCAGGUCGGGAUCAACUGCUUCAUCGCGGCCGGGAUCUACGUGGCGGUCGGCGCCGUGUCGCUCUGCCAGGUCCGCCUCAACAAGCGCCAGGAGUACAUGGUCACAUAGAUGACACUCACACAGCCAAUCAGCAGCCGGCUCGCUAAGAUCUGAGCGAGCUGAUUGGUUAACGGAGUGAAGAGUUAUUUAUUUUAAAUGUUUGUAGAUGUUGUUGUUUGAGACAUUCCUGUGGGCGUCACUCGUGAUGCACGACACAUUUAAAUAUAAAAUAAAGCAAAUGAGGAAUUAAAUCUGAUUAUUAUAUUAUUGCCUAAACAGUUUUAUCAUUUUGUAUAUUUUCCAUCUUGUUUAUUUUCAGUUUUGUUGUUGUUUACAGAGAAGGUGUAAGUGUGUUGAUGCUCGUGCAGAUCAAGCGUGUUUAAUGUGAAGAAAUGAUGGUUGUGGAUUAUCCUGCAAUAAAGUGUGUGUGCAAAAAUAAA